AGAAUGAAGUGUUUGGUGAGUGGGAGUGUGGUGCUGUUGCUCCUGCUGCAGGUUUCUGGAUCCCAAGCAGUUAAACGAUUUAAGGAUGUGAUGGUUCUUGGAAGGCAACCUGGCUACGGUAACUCUCAUGAGCGACUGCAUGGUUGGUCCCCUGGCAGCAAUUCUUGGGAUGAGAAACGGUACCCUUCCUGGAAAGCUGGAGAUUCAAGAUGGGAAAAAUGCUGGAGAGGUGGGAAGGUGGUGGCACGUUUGACCAGUGACAGCCCAGCACUGAUAGGGUCAAAUGUUACAUUUGCUGUGAUGCUGCAGUUCCCUAGAUGCCAGAAGGAAGAUGUUAAUGGGGAUAUUGUUUAUGAAAGCCAGUGUCUAAAUGGUUCCUCUAGUCUGCAGGAACAAUAUGUUUAUAACUGGACCCAGUGGAAUGAUUUCUGUAAUGAGGGGAACUGCAGCUUUAACAGCAAGUUCCCAGAUGGAAGUCCCUUUCCUUAUCACAGUGACUGGAGAAGAAGGAACUUUAUAUACAUUUUUCAAACUUUAGGCCAGUACUACCAACAAACUGGGGGAUCUUCAGCCUUGCUCUCACUAAAUACAACAAACAUUACUGCCGGCACACAGAUGGUUGAAGUGUCUGUCUACAGAAGAGGCCAUAGACAACAUUAUCCAGUUACCAAAGCAAGUUUGCUCUACGUUGUUACGGAUCAAAUCCCCUUUUAUGUGAACAUUUCUCAAAAAAAUGACCGCAAUGCCUCAGACAGGAUGUUUAUUAAAGAUUCGCCAAUUAAUUUUGACAUCAGAAUCCAUGAUCCAAGCCACUAUCUCAAUAAUUCUGUGGUAUCAUUUGCCUGGAAUUUUGGUGAUGGGAGCGGUUCCUUUGUGUCAAACAAUCCUGCUUCUACUCACACUUUCACACUGCUUGGAAACUUCAGCCUCAAUCUGAAAAUCAAAGCGGCAAUUCCCAGCCCCUGUAAUCCACUGACUACUACACCAGUUACUACUACACCAGUUAUUCCCACAACUGCGCAACCUAUGCCGACGACUACAGUUUCUCCCACAGCUCAGAACACCACUGGAAAUUCCACUGAGCCAGCCUUGUUUACCACAGAGCCUGUUCCCACUACAGAGAUCACCACAACUACUGCAAGGACCACCACAACUGCAAGGACCACCACAACUGCAGAGCACACAACAGCUGCAGCAGGGUGUUUUAUCUACAGAUAUGGCUAUUACAGUACAAAUAUAACAGUUGUAGAUGGUAUUGUAGAGAUAAAUAUUAUUGAAAUGACAAAUGUCCAGGUGCCUGCAUCUCAAGCGGAAAAUGCUUUGAUUGACUUUGUUGUGACCUGCCAAGGAAGCUUGCCUAAGGAUGUUUGUACACUCAUUUCCGACUCCACAUGCAUGAUUCCACAGAACAUGGUUUGUGAAGAGGUCCCUGCCACUGAGCAGUGCUCCUUAACCCUAAGGCGUGCCUUUGCACAACCAGGAACCUAUUGUGUAAACAUUACCCUAAGUGAUGAUGCAAGCCUUGCUCUUGCAAGUACUCUGGUGUCUGUAAGUGGAGGUUCUGCAAAGCAAAAGACAGUGGCGGCUGUUUUGAUUCCUCUGGGAUUUGUGGUAAUAGUUGCAGCUGUGGUCGGUGCCAUUCUGCUCAAAAAAUACAAGGAAUACAGACCCAUUGACAAUGCAGCAACCAGUGAUAAUCGUGGGCUUAGUGUAUAUUUCAGCCAAGUCAAAUCUGUUCUCUUUCCAGGAAACAAUGAGCAGGACCCACUUCUGAAAACAAAGCAAAGGAUCAUUUAGUUUCCCUCUCUAUAGGUUACUGUAAGGCUCAAUAGGGUCUUAAUAACCCCCCUAAAUGGUGCUUCAAUAAAACAAGUGGAAUUAUAUUUUACUUAGUAAUAAUUCAAUUAACAAUUGAAUGUGUUUAUAUUGCUGCAUACUUUAGACUGUUCCCCCAUAUGCAGGCUUGUGCAUUUUAGAGUACAGCCAAUGUGCCACUCUAGGGCAGUGUUUAUUUAGGAAUGCAUUAUUUAACCGGCCUUCUUGAUAUUUCUGGCUAUACAUGAAACCUUGUCUAAUGUUAAUAUUUGGCACUUCAUAUUAAAUUGAAAGUCUGACUACCUAUAGACUUCAUCUGCACUGUGCAAUGUCGGUUACACUAGAUUGCUGUACAAUAAAUGCUUGCCUUUACAUUUAA